AGCGGUUGGCUGCUCCCUCUCGCAAGCACCUUCCUCUUCCUCCCUCUCCCUGUCGCCUUCUCUUGUACGUCACAUGUUGACACCAUUGCCCCCCGGACCAAACGCCAUUCUCUACGAUUCAAGCAACCUCCUCCUCCUCCAUCGCCAUCUCCCCCUCCCAACUCCAGGUCUUCUCCUAGUCUUUCUCUCUCAUCCACCCGUUCUUUCUCUCUCUUGCGCACUUGCGACGAUCACCAGCUGCAAUAUAUUUCUCUCUCCAUCUCUCGCUCGCAACCACCUAACCCCGCUUCUUGUUGUUGCCACCAAACUCGGCUGCCACUUCCUUGCUUCAAGUCUGCUUCUUCUUCUUCCUCCUCCGAUCCUCUUCUUCCCUCCUCCUCUCGAUCGUUGCCGGAGAGAGGAGGGGGAGCGGCCGGCCGGUGGCGGUUGAUCGAUCGGUCGGUCGCCAGGCAAUGAUGGCGAGGCGCGCGUCGUGGCUCGCGGGCCUUGUGGCGGCGCAGCUGUGGUUGAUCGUGGCGGUGCGCGGCAGGUUCGUGGUGGAGAAGAGCAGCGUGCGGGUGCUGGCGCCGGAGCACAUCCGGGGCCACCACGACGCGGCCAUCGGCAACUUCGGCGUGCCCGACUACGGCGGCACUCUCACCGGCGUCGUCAUCUACCCGGACAAGAAGGCCACCGGCUGCGCCGAGUUCGACACCAAAUUCAAGUCCAAGUCCCGCCGCCCGGUCAUCCUCCUGCUUGAUCGUGGAGAAUGCUACUUCGCGCUCAAGGCGUGGAACGCGCAGCGCGCGGGCGCGGCGGCGGUGCUGAUCGCCGACAGCGUGGACGAGCAGCUGCUGACGAUGGACAGCCCGGAGGCGUCCCCGGGCACGGAGUACAUCGACAAGAUCAACAUCCCGUCGGCGCUGGUGAACCGCGCGUUCGGCGAGUCCCUGAAGAAGAUGACCCGGACGGUGGCCGGCGACGGCGACGGCGACGGCGAGGAGGUGGUGGUGAAGCUGGACUGGCGCGAGUCGAUGCCGCACCCCGACGAGCGCGUCGAGUACGAGCUCUGGACCAACAGCAACGACGAGUGCGGCGCCCGGUGCGACGAGCAGAUGGAGUUCGUGCGCGGCUUCCGGGGCCACGCGCAGCUCCUAGAGCGCGGCGGCUACGCGCGCUUCACGCCGCACUACAUCACCUGGUACUGCCCCGAGGCAUUCCGGCUCACGCAGCAGUGCAAGUCCCAGUGCAUCAACCACGGCAGGUGCGUGCGCUCUCCAGGCUGCGAGAACGCGCCGGCGGCGGCGAGAGCUUGCGUUGCGUCGGUGGCUGAUCGGCGGCGGCGAUGGUGGGUGAGUGGCAGGUACUGCGCGCCGGACCCGGAGCAGGACUUCGGGGCGGGGUACGACGGCAAGGACGUGGUGGUGGAGAACCUGCGGCAGCUGUGCGUGCACCGCGUCGCCAACGAGAGCGGCCGGCCGUGGACGUGGUGGGACUACGUCAUGGACUACAAGAUCCGGUGCUCCAUGAAGGAGAAGAAGUACAGCAAGACCUGCGCCGAGGACGUCGUCACCGCGCUCGGGUUGGAUCUGAAGAAGGUGCUCGAGUGCAUGGGCGACCCCGAGGCCGACGCCGAGAACGCCGUGCUGUCCAAGGAGCAGGAAGACCAGAUCGGCAGCGGAUCGCGCGGCGACGUGACCAUCCUCCCCACCCUGGUCAUCAACAACGUUCAGUACAGAGGGAAGCUGGAGCGGACGGCGGUGCUCAAGGCCGUGUGCGCCGGCUUCAAGGAGGGGACGGAGCCCCGGGUCUGCCUCAGCCCCGAUAUCGAGACGAACCAGUGCCUGCACAGGAACGGCGGGUGCUGGCGCGACGAGGCCACCAACGUCACGGCCUGCCGGGACACGUACCGCGGCCGCGUCUGCGAGUGCCCCGUCGUCAACGGCGUCCGCUACGAGGGCGACGGCUACACCGACUGCCAGGCGGUCGGGCCGGGCAGGUGCGCCCUCAACAACGGCGGGUGCUGGUCGGAGACGAGAGGGCACCAGACCUUCUCCGCCUGCUCGGAGACCGCGCUGUCCGGGUGCCGGUGCCCGCCGGGGUUCCAUGGCGACGGCCACAAAUGCGAAGACCUGAACGAGUGCAGCGAGAAGCUGGCGUGCACCUGCCCGGACUGCCACUGCAAGAACACCUGGGGCAACUACGAGUGCACGUGCAAGGGCAAUCAGCUCUACAUCCGGGGCGAGGACGUCUGCAUAGCCAACAGCAUGUCGAAGCUCGGCUGGUUCAUCACCCUCGUCGCCGUGGCGUGCGUCGCCGGCGUCGGGAUCGCCGGAUACGUCUUCUACAAGUACAGGCUCAGGUCGUACAUGGACUCGGAGAUCAUGUCCAUCAUGUCCCAGUACAUGCCGCUGGACAACCAGAACAACGAGAACCAGCCGCUGAGGCAGCACGAUUCAGAAGCUCUGAGGCACUGAAAAUGGUGUGGUUGCUUGAAACGCUUGGAUGGGGAGUUUGGACAGUGAGAAGUAGGUUUCCUGAAUGAAUGCAUGGAGAUGCUUGCUCUGUCGACCGACCUGCACGCACUAUUUGUGGCCAUACUCGACAGAUGAUUUGCUGUGAUUUCGACGGUUUUUACUUCACUUUUGUAUAGCGUAGAACUGUAGAAGAAAGAUAACAGUUUGUACCGAGCACGGAGAUGAGCUCUAGAGGAUUAGAUAGGUAGGCAUUGGUCGCUCUUGCGGAUCAAGAGGUGUUUGUACACGGAACAAUUAGGGAAGGAAUGUGUGAGCUAUACAUGUACAUUGUACAGUAGGUAAGCCGUGCUCACGAUACUGCCAUACCGGUAUAUGUACUGCCCCGUUUGGUUUUAUAGAUGCGUCAUAGAAUGUAUCUUCUAGGCUCCGCAUGAAGUACUAAAUAAAAUCUAUUUGCAACACCUCUUCA